UACUCUGGAUGUGUGAGAUAGGGAAUGAGGGAGUCCCCCCUCCCUUCAGUGCACAAUGACUCGAUGAAGAGGAGGGGGGCAGCACUCUGUACAGCUGCAUGGGAGUGAGCUCAGAGCACACAGGGGACUGGAGCAGAGGAAGCCCAUUGGAGGAGCCGUGCAGCCGGGGACAGGCAGAACCGGAGCUACUUGUCCUUUACUCCUCUUUUAUCUCAACUCUGAGAUCAAGUGGCGUUUGUUCUUCAGCUGAACCUCACCUGACUGAGCCUGUGGAAGCAUUUUCUGUCUCUUUCUGUCCACUUUCCAAGAAGAGCCGGAGGGGAGGUGGUUGGUCCCCACUCCUGAGACAGGAGUCAGGAACAGGAUCUAUCAGCGGGAAUCUGCAGCAUAGUGGAGCUCUGCAGGAGAGCAGGAUGACUGCUGGAAUGAUUUGGGAUGGAGUCAGAUCAGGACGCAGUGGGAUGACAGCAACACAGAGCAAUACGUUUUCUUCGGGACUGUGGAUGAUGCUGGUGUGGGGCAUUGUGGUGCUGGUGGAUCAGGGAGGUGCAGAAGCAUGUCCAGCUCCCUGCAGCUGCCUGGGGAACACUGUGGAUUGCCAUGGGCUGGGAAUCUACUCCGUACCUAGGAACAUUCCCAGAGGGACAGAGAGGCUGGACCUCAACGAGAACAACCUGACAGUCAUCACGAAGUCGGACUUCUCUGGUCUCAAACACCUGCGGGUUCUUCACCUGAUGGAAAACCAGAUCAACAACAUAGAGAGAGGAGCUUUGGAUGAGCUGAAGGAGCUGGAGAGACUUCGCCUUAACAGAAAUGGUCUCAGCCAUCUUCCAGAGCUGCUCUUCCAGAAGAACGGGGCCCUGUCCAGGCUAGAUUUGAGCGAAAACACCAUCCAGACCAUCCCGAGGAGAGCUUUCAGAGGAGCCACAGAGCUCAAAAACCUUCAGCUGGAUAAAAAUCGCAUCAGCUGUAUUGAAGAGGGAGCGUUUCGAGCCCUGCGAUCCCUGGAAGUGCUAACGCUGAACAACAACAACAUUACCACCAUCCCUGUCUCCAGCUUCAACCACAUGCCGAAGCUCCGGACCUUUCGGCUCCAUUCCAACUCUCUGCGCUGUGACUGUCAUCUGGCCUGGUUGUCUCCGUGGCUGCGGCAGAGACCAGCGUUGGGGCUCUACACGCAGUGCAGCUCCCCCCCAACUUUAAGGGGUCUCAACCUUGCUGAGCUGCGAAAGAAUGACUUUGCCUGCUCAGGCUACAGCGGCAGCGCCUUCGUUCAGCCAUGCAGUUUGGCCUCAGGGUCCUGUCCACCGAUGUGUUCCUGCACCAACAACAUUGUGGAUUGUCGGGGGAGGGGCCUCACUGCCAUCCCCGCCCACCUGCCAGAGGGCAUGACGGAGAUUCGUCUGGAACAGAACGGCAUCAAGUCGGUUCCUCCCGGCUCUUUCAUCUCCUACAAGAAGCUUCGUCGGAUAGACCUGAGUAACAACCAGAUAUCUGAGAUAGCUCCUGAUGCCUUCCACGGCCUCCGAGCGCUGAACUCUCUAAUUCUGUACGGGAAUAAGAUCACGGAGCUGCCCGGCGGAGUGUUUGAUGGCCUGGUCUCUCUGGAGCUGCUGUUGCUGAAUGCUAAUAAGAUCCACUGUAUUCGGGCCUUGGUGUUCAAAGACCUGGAGAACCUGGCUCUGCUGUCACUGUACGACAACAAGCUUCAGACCCUGGCAAAAGGCACCUUCAGCUCACUACACAGCAUCCAGACCCUCCACCUGGCCCAGAACCCCUUUGUUUGUGACUGUAAUGUGAAGUGGCUGGCUGACUUCCUGCGGUCAAACCCGAUAGAGACCAGUGGAGCACGCUGCGCCAGCCCUCUCCGCCUUACCAACAAACGCAUUGCACAGAUCAAGAGCAGCAAGUUCAGAUGCUCUGCUAAGGAGCAGUACCAUGUCCCAGGCACAGAGGACCGGCGUUUGAGCUACGAGUGUAACAGCAAGCCAGUGUGUCCCGCUAAAUGUCGCUGUGAAGCCAACGUGGUCGACUGCUCCAACCUGCGGCUCACCAAGUUCCCCGAACACCUGCCCCCCUCCACUGAAGAGCUGCGUCUCAACAACAACGACCUUUCCACGCUGGAGGCCACCGGAGCCUUCAAGGGCCUGUCACAGCUCAGGAAGAUCAACCUGAGCAACAACAAGAUUUCAGAGAUCGAGGACGGUGCGUUUGAGGGCGCCUCCUCCGUGGUGGAGCUUCACCUCACAGCCAACCACCUGGAGUCUGUGAGGGGGGGCAUGUUCAGGGGCAUGGAGGGCCUACGUAUGCUGAUGCUGAGGAACAACAGGAUCAGCUGUAUCCACAACAGCAGCUUCACAGGACUGACCAACGUCAGACUGCUCUCCCUCUAUGACAACCAGCUAAGCACCAUCCUGCCUGGAGCAUUCGACUCGCUGCCCCACCUGUCCACACUAAACCUCCUGGCCAAUCCGUUCAUCUGUGACUGCCGCCUGUCCUGGUUCGGAGCAUGGCUGAGGAGCCGGCGAAUCGUGACUGGAAACCCUCGCUGUCAGGGCCCCGUGUUUCUACGAGAGAUCCCGCUGCAGGAUGUAGCUGUGCCUGAUUUUCGCUGCGAGGCUGGCUCUGUGCUGGACGACAGCCGCUGUGCUCCGGGGCUGCAGUGUCCCAGUCAGUGUACCUGCAUGGACACAGUGGUCCGCUGCAGCAACAAACACCUGCAGGCGCUGCCCAGAGGACUGCCUCGCAAUGUCACUGAGCUGUACCUGGAUGGAAACCAGUUCACCAGUAUUCCCAAAGAGUUGGCCACCUUCAAACACCUGCAGCUAAUAGACCUGAGCAACAAUAAAAUCAGCUCUCUGUCCAACGGCUCCUUCUCAAAUAUGAGUCAGCUGACUACGCUGAUCCUGAGUUACAACUCCUUACGUUGCAUCCCUCUGCUGGCGCUGGCUGGCUUACACUCCCUGAGACUGCUCUCUCUCCAUGGCAACGACAUCUCCGACCUACAGCAGGGGAUCUUUAGUGAUGUGGCAUUCCUGUCUCACCUCGCGAUCGGAGCCAACCCGCUGUACUGUGACUGCCGUCUGCUCUGGCUGUCAGACUGGGUGAAGAGUGGCUAUAAGGAGCCCGGUAUCGCCCGCUGUGCCGGCCCCCGCGGCAUGGAGGGCAAGCUGCUGCUCACAACGCCCGCUGACAAGUUCCAGUGUCAGGGUCCAGUAGAGGCAUCUGUUCAGGCCAAGUGCAACCCAUGUGUGUCCUCCCCCUGUCACAACCAGGGCGUCUGCCAAGUUCACCACACACACCAGUACACGUGUGGCUGCAAAUCUGGAUUUACGGGUAAACUCUGCGAGACUCCAGUUGAUGCUUGUGCCAGUAACCCCUGCACCAACGGAGGGAGCUGCCUGAGUGACGAGCAGACAGGAGGCUUCAGUUGUGCGUGUGCAUAUGGCUUCCACGGCACGUUCUGUGAGGUGAAUGUGGACGACUGUGAGGACAACGGAUGUGACAACGGUGCCACCUGUGUUGAUGGAGUUGGCAACUACAGCUGCCUGUGUCCUCCCAACUACACAGGUCCGUUCUGUGAAGAGGAGGGAGACCCUUGUUCUCCUGGCAGGAACCUGUGUCAGCAUCAGUCCACCUGCAUAAGCGGUGCUACAGGCUCUAGGUGUGUAUGCAUCCCUGGCUGGGUGGGGCCCGAUUGCAGCAUAGAUUAUAAUGAGUGUGUGGAUCACCGCUGUCAGAAUGGAGCGCAGUGUGUCGACCAUCUGGAUGGCUACAGCUGUCUCUGUCCACAGGGAUUCAGUGGUGAAUAUUGCGAGGUGGUCCCUCCUCCCCCCUCCCCCUGCCAACUGGCUCCAUGCCAGAACGGCGCCCCCUGUGACGAGAAGCAGGGAACUGCAGUCUGCCAGUGUCCACCGGGCUUUGAGGGUCAGAGCUGCGAGAAACUGGUCAGCGUCAACUUUGUUGAUAGAGAUUCUUAUGUUCAGCUUCAAGAUGUGAAGAACUGGCCUCAGAGCAACAUCACACUGCAGGUGUCGACAGCAGAGGAAAACGGUAUCUUGCUCUAUAACGGCGACGACGAGCCCUUUGCUGUGGAGCUCCAUCAGGGUCGUGUUAGGGUCACCUUCGACCCUGGCAACCUGCCUGCCACCACCAUUUACAGUUCUGAGACAGUUAACGACGGAGAUUUCCACACGGUUGAGCUGGUGACCUUCGAUCGGAUGGUGAACUUGUCGGUGGAUGGAGGAGAACCAACAACCCUGGACAAUCAGGGUCACAGCCAGCCAGUGACAGGAGAAGCUCCUCUAUAUGUAGGAGGCUUGCCUGAGGAGGUCAUACCAGCCUCUCGGGGACUCUCAUCCCAGACCCUCAACCUGUCCAGCUUCCACGGCUGCAUCAGGAAUCUUUAUAUUAACCACGAGCUGCAGGAUUUCACCCGAAGCCACAUGAAGCCGGGCGUCGUUCCAGGCUGCCAGCCUUGUCAAAAACUUCACUGUCUUCAUGGCAUUUGCCAACCAAACACUGCACAGGGUCCCCAGUGCCACUGCCAGCCAGGGUGGACAGGAAGACACUGUAACCAGCCAAUAACAGGAGGCCUUGGUGAAUCGGGUAUUGUCACCAUGGCGACAAGGGUCAACCCCUGUGAGAGCAACAAGUGUGUAAGGGGUGUGUGCGUGAUGGUGGACGCACAGACAUACCGCUGCAACUGUGAGAGGGGAUAUCAAGGGACGUUGUGUAACCUGCAGGAGGAUCCAGGUGUCUCCUGCCAGGGGCUGACGUGUCUGCAUGGCCGCUGUGAGAAGACGGAGGACGGAGACAGAUGCGUCUGUGAGCAAGGAUACACCGGAGACAGCUGUGACAUAGCGUCUCCCUGCCGGGGCGAACCAUUCAGAGACCACCACCGCCUGCAGCAUGGCACCGUCUUCUGCCAGACCUCCAAACCCUUCUCCUGGGUUGAGUGUCGGGGUCAGUGCACCGCAGAGACCAAGCUGGGCGUUGGACCCCCCUCCUGCUGCGCUCCUCUGAGGGUCAGACGGCGCCGGCUUACCUUUGAAUGUGACGAUGGGACCUCACUUACACAAGACGUGGAGAAGCCAGUGGAAUGCGGCUGCAAGGAGUGUGUGUGACACUUCUAAAGUGAUGGUGCACACACACUCACAAGUAGAUGCACACAGAUAAAA